AUGUUGAUUUUCCUAGUAUCUUGCCUAAUUUUGUGGCUUCCUCCAGGUGCAUGCAUUAAAUUGUCUUUUAAGUCCAACAGGACAACACAGUCUCCAUUACUGGCUCUUCAGUUGGAAAAAAGAAGUAAUUUUCUUCGCUAUGGAUUUGCAGUAUGUGAACUUCCUUUUUAUGAAAUAUGCCAGACAAAUGUAUCAAGAAUCGAGUGCACAGAGUUAGGAUGCUGUUACUACAAAGAGACAUGCUAUAAGAAAGCUGUACCAAGCUAUAUGAAAGCAUUUGUUGCCUUAAUAGUGAUUAUACUGGCAGUGUUCUCUUUAUUUAUGCUGAAAAG